CAGUUUGUUGACCAGAUCGCUCGCGUUUUCUAGUUUCUUUCCACGUCGAACCCCAAAACCAUGGUGGUUCCAACCGCCGAAAAUUCCCUGCCGGAACUACCCGCCGAGGUACUGGUGCACAUCUUCCGGCACUUGCCGGCCAGCGAUCUGUGCACGACCCGCGUCACGUGCCUCCGCUGGAAUGCCGUAAUCCGCGACAGUGCAAUGCUGAUGAAGCGGUUCGAACUUUUCAUCAGCCAGCGCCUACUGGAGCGAUUCGGAAAAGAGCAUGGCCUACUGGAUCAGGUGCUGCUGUUCAAGAGCUUGGGCGGAGUCAGCUUCGUACGGACCACCGACAAUCCGCUGGAGGUGAUCGGGCCAUUUUGGGAUAAGUUUGGAGCGACGCUUCAGAAGGUUAGGUUUAAGGAGUGCACGAUUUCGGCGCAAACUGUGCUGCAGGUGUUGCGGAAGACGCCUAAUUUGAAGAGUUUUUCGCUGGAUGAGAGUUCUUCAAACACCAUGGCCUACCACACUCCGACGUGGGCUUCGUUCAGGCUCGAUCGACUCGAGAAACUUGAUCUCCACGUUCAGGAUGAUCGCUUCCUGAACCUGUUUGGUCAGUUGGCACCUAGCUUGCGGGUGCUGAAGUUUGACGGAAAGUGGAAGGUUAGAGACCAGCUCUUCCAGACGCUGCUGCCUUUGAUAAGAAGCCGGAAGGACUCGUUGAAAAAGCUGACCCUUCGACUGAUCCAGACUUCACCGGAACUGCUGGACGAAAUCGGUUUGAUCAAAGGUCUACAACUGACGGCAAUUUCUCUGCAAAACUGGGAAAUCAUUGACGAUCGUACACUUGCUCGUUUCCUACGACGGCAGCGAAAUCUUGAGCAGUUCAAGUGUAAUCACGAGACUUACUUGGAACCAAGUAUGCUGGAACGACUGACGGACACCCAGUCGAAGCUGCGUUGCGUCCAGAUCGGCACACGCAAUGCCGACCUUCCACGGUUCUUCAGAAAUACUCGCCAUCUGGAACACUUGAAGCUGUCCCUCGGCGAUUCUCAGAUCAUCGACCUAAGUUACAACCGAAGCCCAAAGUUGAAGACGCUGCACCUGACCGGGUACAACAUCCUGAAGGCAAGACUCGCCCUGUUCUUCCAGCAAUCGCCCAACGUCCAACGGCUCACACUGGAGUACUGCCGACAGCCCAACAUAACCGAGCUCGUCGAAACCAUCGGAGAGCUGCGAUCGCUGGAAUAUCUCAAACUCAGCAAUCACUCCUCCAAAGUAGGCAAAUUGUCCGCCGACGAUUCCACCCAGAACCACUGGCCCCGUCUAACCACCCUGUACCUGCGAUCGUGCGAGCUGGCCCCCGGAACGAUCGCGGCCCUUGUCCACCGUGCGCCCAACCUAUCUACGGUGAUCGUCGAAAACGUAACCCUCGCAGACGCAGACGUACUUUCCAUAACCAAGAACCUACCCCGGUUGCGCCUGCUCACGUUGACCCACCCGCGGAACGAUCUAAGCGAAACCGCGCUCGGCUAUCUGAAGAAAUAUGGCCGUGGCCUGAAGCGGCUGGAGUUCAGCAUUGCGAGCGGGGAGAUCACCGAAAAGUAUCGCGAUCGCGAGUUUGCGAAGGCCCUGCCGGGGGUGGAGAUCGAGAUGGUUCCGCGGUUGCCGGGAGAGGACGGGCUCGAUUGGUACGAUGAUUUUGAUGAAUUUUGAGUUGAAUGUGGUUGAGUGAGGUUGUGGGGUGGUCGUUUUAAGUUGUUAUAUGAUCGUAUUUGAAAAAAGGAGUAUUUCAAACGCGAUUAAAUUGAAUUAAUGAGA